AUGGAGCGGUUGAAGGAAUUCGCCUCCACCAAGCUCCUUGAUUCAAGUGUCGAUCCUGAAGGGGAUGGCGCGGCGAUUAUUGAUAAGCUUGAGUGGAACGUCCAGGGGGAUCCGGCUUUAGAAGGAUGUUCUGUGAAUGAUGUUAGACGGUACCAGUAUUUUGUGUUUAUAAAAGGGAGACGAAUUCCAGCACUAGGGACCUGGAGAUUCCAGGAUCUUAUUGACCCAACUGCAUAUAUCAUCAUUAUUGAUAUCCAGUGGGGGGAUUGCCUGGAUCAUAACGAUAAGGGUAAUGGUGAUGGCUAG